AUGGCCAGCUCACAAAGAUCACUGGGACAAUCAGAAGGAUCAGACGGAAAAAUAGUUGGAUGGGCUCAGGAAUCGGAAUCAGAAGUUGUGGAACUCGCAAAUACGAGUGAAAAAGAUUGGUCUGAACGAGACCUGUCAGAGCUGGGAGAGAAUAUGAUGAGGACUUUGGCCAGGGCUAUUGACCCUGUUUUAUUAUCUUUAGUUCUAGAAUAUUAUCUCAACGCAUCUCAAAGUGCUACUACAGCACCUUUAUCUGUUGGAAAGAUACCAUCGAAUCCACUGGCACACCCUAUACACUCUCCCAAAGUUGGCAGUCAGUUAGGGCUAUUGACCUUGACAGCUCUAAUGAAUUGGAAUAUUCCAAAGUUUGCUCUUACAACCAGUAUGACGGCAAAGACUGAGAUGAUUCAGUUUCGAGGUACGAAGAUUGCUGCAUCAGAUACACUGAAGCGCACAUAUUCCACUCUCGAAAAGCCUGACACGAAGCUUAAGCUAUCAGAAAAAAACUCCAAGGCAAAGGCCAGAAGUCUUAAGAAUCUUCCUCCGAAAGAGUUCAAGGUACCGCCAACACGUUCUGCGCUUCCUCGUUCGAGAAAAUCUACAUCGUUCCAACCUGAGUCGGACUUUCCCGAAAGUCAAGAGGCGCGAAGUUACACUUAUAGGAGAGAGAAGAUUGUGGCAUCACUAAAGACUCUUAAGCUUAUCAUUACGAGCUCAGACAAGGCAGACGCCACACGGUACGAAGUGGUCGAUUCUGAAUGGGCAUUAUCUGAAUUUACACUAUUUCGAGUCAUAGUCUACGACAAACCCUAUCCAAUAGAGCAACCUGAUAGAUUGAAGAUAGUUAUCAGGGACGAGGAUGCGAUUACUGUCAAGUGGAAUGAAGUGAUCGGUGACUAUGCCAGACGAAGCAAGCCACCGGCACUUGUUAUCCAGAGCUGGGGAUUAGACUCUGUUUUCAAAGCACUCGGACUAUGA